CGAGAUUGGCAUCUCGAUUCGAAAUUUCCUGAUGACAUUAAUGGAGGCCAGAGACGGCGGCUCGCCGGCGCUGCCGUGCUCGUCCUACGCGGCGCUGCCGGACGACGCCGAGGCCGCCGCACAGCCGGGGCGCGGCCGCCGCCGGGCCAGCGGGGGAGCGGUGUGCGCCGCCGUCCUGCUGACGACGGCUGCCGUGCUCCUGUCCCUCGCCGCGCUCGCCGGCGUCCGCCUCGCCGGACACCUGCCCGCCAACGGAGGUGUCCUGGAGGAGCAGCCGGCGGCGGCCGUACUGGGAAGCAGGGGGCCCGAGGCGGGCGUGUCGGAGAAGACGUCCGGCGCCGCCGUGGAUGUCAGGCUGGGCGCCGGAGCCGGUGAAGAGAACGCGUUCCCGUGGAGCAAUGCGAUGCUCCAAUGGCAGCGCACCGGGUUCCACUUCCAGCCGGAGAAGAACUGGAUGAACGACCCCAACGGGCCGGUGUACUACAAGGGGUGGUACCACCUGUUCUACCAGUACAACCCUACCGGCGCAAUCUGGGGCAACAAGAUCGCCUGGGGCCACGCCGUGUCCCGGGACCUCCUCCGGUGGCGCCACCUCCCCAUCGCCAUGUCGCCGGACCAGUGGUACGACAUCAACGGCGUCUGGACGGGGUCUGCCACCGUGCUGCCCAACGGCACGCUCGCCAUGCUCUACACGGGGUCCACCAACGCUUCCGUGCAGGUCCAGUGUCUGGCGUUCCCUUCUGACCCGGAAGACCCGUUGUUGAUCGAGUGGACCAAGGAUGAGCGGAACCCGGUCAUGUACCCGCCCACGGAGAUCGGGGAGAGAGACUUCCGGGACCCGACCACCGCGUGGCGCGACCCGGAGGACGACACGUGGCGCAUCGUCAUCGGGUCCAAGGACGCCCACCAUGCCGGCAUUGCCAUGACCUACAAGACAAUCGACUUCGUCAACUACGACCUCGUGCCUGGGUUGUUGCACCGUGUGCCGGCGACGGGGAUGUGGGAGUGCAUUGAUCUAUACCCUGUCUCUGGGAAGCACGGCAUCGACAUGACGGCGGCAAUGGCGGCGUCGAGCAACGAAGGAGGCGGAGAGGAGACGGUGUACGUGAUGAAGGCGAGCAUGGACGAUGACCGGCAUGAUUACUAUGCGUUGGGGAAGUAUGAUGCCAAGGCCAAUAAGUGGACGCCCUUGGAUGAGGAGGCUGAUGUUGGGAUUGGGCUGAGGUACGAUUGGGGCAAGUUUUACGCUUCCAAGACGUUCUAUGAUCCGGCGAAGAAGAGGAGAGUUCUCUGGGGUUGGGUCGGCGAGACCGACUCCGAGAGGGCUGACGUGGCCAAAGGAUGGGCUUCACUCCAGUCGCUCCCUCGCACGGUGGUGCUGGACACCAAGACCGGCAGUAACCUCCUUCAGUGGCCGGUGGACGAGGUGGAGACUCUCCGGACAAACUCCACCGACUUCGGCGGCGUCACCGUCGACCAUGGCUCCGUCUUCCCGCUCAGGCUCCACCGCGCCACCCAGCUCGACAUUCUCGCCGAGUUCCGCCUCGACCCGCUCGACAUUGCCGCCGCACAGGAGGCCGACGUCGGCUACAACUGCAGCACCAGCGGUGGCGCGGCAGGCCAGGGCGCACUCGGCCCCUUCGGUCUGCUCGUGCUCGCCGACGCCAGGCACCACGGUGACGGCACGGAGCAGACCGCCGUCUACUUCUACGUCGCCAGGGGCCUGGACGGCCGCCUGCACACUCACUUCUGCCAGGAUGAGACGCGUUCGUCCCGCGCCAACGAGAUCGUCAAGAGGGUCGUCGGCAAUGUCGUGCCGGUUCUUGACGGUGAGGCGCUGUCGGUCAGGGUGCUGGUGGACCACUCCAUUGUUGAGAGCUUCGCACAGGGCGGGAGAUCAACAGCGACGUCGCGGGUGUACCCGACUGAGGCCAUCUACGCCAAUGCUGGGGUGUACCUCUUCAACAACGCCACUGGCGCCCGGGUCACCGCCACGAGCCUCGUUGUCCAUGAGAUGGACUCAUCCUACAACCAAGCAUACAUGGCUUCAUUGUAAAAAGAUGGAAAGAUUAUUUUUGGUAGCAUAUAUGUGUAUUUCCCUUCUUAAUUUUGCUCUACUCUUGUCUUUUCUUCCCUCUUAAUUAUCCCUAUUCAUUGUCGAGGCCUUCUAGUAGCUUUAGUAGCUAGUGGAAGAUGCCAUGAUGCAAAGCUAGAGUUGUACAUGUAUCACAUCAGUCCAAAGUUCUUUCAGAAAUUUUUGCCUUUCAAAUUUUCA